UCCCGUAUGUCGAAAUGUUUGGUAAUAGUUGUACAGAACCGAACAAAGGCUCUACGCGAGUUCAACUACUACAUAAUGCGAAAGCGGCGCGUGACGCUCGAAAGGAGGAGAAAGUUCAACGGCAAGCAGUUAUACUACUUCAGGCGCACAUUAGGAGACACCAGACGCAGCGUAGAUUACGUGAAGAGGUUCGAAAGAAAUUUGAUGAAGUUAUGGCAAGCUGUAAACAUCAACAGAGUUUUCUGGACGCUGUGGAGAUGUUUCAUAUUAAUCGAGGCCUUCUUUUUGUGUAUAAUGAGAAGACUGAUUGCAAGCGUCUCGUAUCAAUGUGUAGCUACAUUUCUUUAACAAUGGAUGAAUUAAGGAACUUGAAGGCAUGGUAUGUGUCAUUGGGUUUGAUGAAAAGAUACCUGCUUCUUUGGUUGGAACACAUGCGCAAGAUAAUGUGCAUUUGUUUGAAUUACAUAUCUUCUCUUAAGAUUCAGGAUAUAAAACAGCAACAAGACGCAGAAGUGCUGCUAAAAUUUAUUCUCAAGCUGACUGACUGUUCAGAUUGGAAGCUACUGUCAGGAAAGGGAGGUGGAGGUGUUUGGUCAACUGUGACGCAGCUUUGCUCCAAGCUGCUUCAAAAUGCAGUCAUGAAUGAUCUUUACCCAGUCACUGGGCAACUCCUUUUUCAGUGCUCUGGUAACGCUAAAUACAGUACAAGAAAGACUAUCCUACCAUUAGCUUUGAGAUUAGUAAUGAGGCCACUUGUACAGUCGUCUUAUAGCAAGACAUAUGUUCAGUUGUUCAUACAGAAUGUCUGGAUUGUACCUGCUUUGAUUGCAUCUGCUCAAACAGUGUCAGUCAAUUGUGCAGAGUUGCUGGGUAACUCAGACUUUGUCGCAUCAUUGGUAGCUGCUGUUGCUGUGAACGACUCAGGAUCAGGUGGUUUGGACAACCUUGGAGUCAAUGAGUUGUUGGCAGUAGCAGGGAACUUCAUUGAAACCUCAGUUCAGUGUGGAUUUCUCAGACGGCAUCGAGUAGAGUUUGUGCAAUCAGUUUGUUGGAUUUUCAGUCUUAUUCGACCUGUUGUUGCUGAACCUAACUCCCAUCAUACUUAUUGGCAUCCUCUGAUUGGAUUUCUGAAACAACAGCAAGACAGUAGGUAUCUCGAUGCCAUGUCUUCUGUAAUUUCUCAGUUUCAAUUGCUAUGGCAUUCAUCAGCACUGGAGAUCUUGUUUCCCUUAUUUUCUCACUCAGAGACUUCCACAAGCGUAGAAAGUUCAAGCAACUCAAAGUCAUCAAGCAAAUUAGGAUUUGUGUCACGAUUGAAGAUGAGGUUGAACACUGUAUUCCACAUCUCGUCAUCUGCAACUAGUAGCUGCCAACUUGAUCCUGCCAGAUGGCAAGACUUACAUAAUACGUGCAAAUUGUAUGAACUUGCCAUGUCAACUCUGACUGGGCUACGUGGAGAAAUUAUGUCAGCUAUUAGCUUUCAUGAGCUGCUGCCCCAGCGACUGUGGCAGUCUCUUCAAUCUGUAGGAGGGGGUUUCUCUACAAUUAGUACUAUAGCACUUCAUAAAGACAGCAAGCUACACACAUCUGUCUGCUCACUUUUGACUCUCGUCUGUCAAUGCUGUUAUCACAUCAUAGCGAUUCUUGAUGAUGUGGAAGUGUAUGUGCAACAAAAGCCAUUUACAUUGAAUGAUCUUACAUCGUUGUCAUCCUUUCUCAACCAGCUUGUAUUUCGGCUUUUGUGGGAAGUGCCAAGUGUAACAGAUCCUAAGCAUUCUGAUAGUCUUGAGAGUCGUCUUGUAAAUGCUGCUCAUACUUUACUUAUGGUUCUGUAUGAGAAAGACAGUCGUCGUUCUUUUUCUUCAGAUAGCAGUCACUGGAAUAUCAAAGACUUGAAGGCUAGCAGUAUAAAAUCUGACCUAUCAAGGAAUCAGCCAAGAGCAAAGGCUGUCAUGAAACUUGUACCUCAUGUUCUGCCGUACAGAGAGAGAGUGAAGAUGUUACGUGAUCUUGUAUUGAAAGAUAAAGAAUCUCAUAAUCUGAUUCACACCAACAACAUGGCACCUCGUCCAACGUACAUUCGAAUACACAGGAGCAGAUUUCUGGAGGAUGCGUACAGUCAACUGUGCCAGUUGUCAUCCAUUGCUCUUAAAGGUGUUAUUCGAGUUAAAUUUGUUAAUGAACAGGGACUUGAAGAGGCAGGCAUUGACCAAGAUGGUGUUUUCAAAGAGUUUUUGGAAGAUACAAUUAAACGUGUUUUUGACCCAUCUUUGACACUCUUUAAGACAACAACUGAUCAACGAUUAUAUCCAUCACCAAACAGUGUGGCACAAGACAACUACCGCGCAUUGUAUAAUUUUGUAGGUCGAAUGUUGGGCAAAGCAAUUUAUGAGGGUUUUCUAGUUGAUGUUCCAUUUGCAGACUUUUUUCUUACAAAUUUGAAAGGGACCAAGUAUAGUGCAGCAUACAGUGCAUUUGACGAGCUGGCAUCGUUUGAUUCAGAUCUGUACAAGAACUUGAGCUAUGUAAAGCACUAUGAUGGUGACGUCAGUGAGCUGGAUCUCACAUUUUCAGUGAAUCGAGAUUUUUUCGGCAAGGUAGAGACUCAUGAUCUAACACCUGGAGGAAGCGCUGUCACAGUGACUAAUGAGAACAAGAUUAGCUACAUUCAUAGGGUUGCUCAUUUUCACAUGCGUACUGAGCUGCGAGAUCAGACAAAUAGUUUUGUUCGUGGAUUUCAUUCAAUUGUCAACCCAGAAUGGCUUGGUUAUUUUUCGCCUUGUGAAAUACAACGACUUAUCUCUGGUGAUAGCGUGGAAAUGGACGUAGAAGAUUUAAAGAAACAUGUAGAAUACAUGGGUGGUUUUCAUCCUUCUCAUCAAAUUGUUCGUUGGUUGUGGGAUGUGGUUGGUAAAGAUUUUGAUGCUUGUGAGAAAGGGUUGUUUUUGAAAUUUGUGACAAGCUGCUCCAAGCCUCCUGUUCUUGGGUUUUCUCACCUAAAUCCACCUUUUUCUAUUCGCUUUGUGGACACCAGUGAUGAUACUGAUGGAGGUGACACAGUGGGUAGUGUUCUUAGAGGGUUCUUCAGGAGAUCUACUCGCUCUGCUGCAACUCGACUUCCAACGGCAUCUACUUGCUUCAACUUGCUUAAGUUGCCAAACUACCCAAGUAAAGCAGUGCUGAGAGACAAAUUAAGACAAGCUAUUACAUCAGCUUCUGGGUUCGAGUUGUCCUGAAUUCUCCAUUUGUAUAGCAAGCACCUAGCUGUGCAACCAGCAGUAUCUAUAAUGUGUGUGUGUGUGUGUGUGUGUGUGUGUGUGUGUGUGUGUGUGUGUGUGUGUGUGUGUGUGUGAUUGAAAUUUUGAGACAUGCUAGACUUUAUCAGGCAUAGACAGACAACUAAUUACUGUAUCUCGAUAUACCAAAUGCAGUGAUGUAAAUCACAACUGUCUGAUUAGAAGGCUUCAAGCUGAAAGUAUCUACACGUUUAG